AUGACCAAACCCACCACCAUCAUCUCCGUGGACGGCGACACGGUGACGGUGAAGACUCAGAGCACCAUCAAGAACACGGAGCUCUCCUUCAAGCUCGGAGAGGAGUUCGACGAGACCACCGCCGACGACAGGAAGGUUAAGUCCCUUGUGACGGUCGAUGGUGGGAAAUUGAUCCACGUGCAGCGGUGGGAGGGCAAAGAGACCAGUCUGGUCCGGGAAGUCUCUGGAAACAACCUGACGCUGACGCUCACAAUGGGGAACGUGGUCAGCACACGCCGCUACGAGAAGGCAGAGUAA